ACCUGCCCUUUUAUCUCUGUUCUGGGCCUCUCCAUCAAAAAUAGUCCCUAAAAUGUCAUCUUCUUCCUCCUCAUCAUCUGCAACCGAAACCCUAACCCUAAUUCCAGGCCUCCCAAACGACAUCUCCUCUCUCAUACUCUCUCUAAUCCCAUUCUCCCACCACGCCCGCCUCAAAUCCACCUCCAAAUCCUGGCAGUCCUUCCUCUCUUCCCACCAGCCCUUCCUCGUCCACCGUUCGAUCAGGACUCAUGGGCCCCACCACCCUACUCUCCUCUGCAUAUUCCCUGAAGACCCUUCAAUCACCCCUCCCUACCUCUUCGACCCCUCCCGCCUGACGUGGACCCCGCUUCCGCUCCUCCCCUGUAGCCCCCACCGCUACGGUCUCUGCAACUUCCUCUCCGUCUCCCUUGGGCCCCACCUCUACGUCCUUGGUGGAUCCCUCUUCGACGCCCGCUCCUUCCCCAUCGACCGCCCCCGCCCGUCCUCCUCCGUCUACCGCCUUGAUCUCCCCUCCUCCUCUCCCUUCUCCUCCUGGGCUCGUCUGCCUUCCAUGCUCUCCCCCCGUGGCAGCUUUGCCUGCGCUGCGGAUCCUACUUCCAAUUCCAUUGUUGUUGCUGGUGGUGGGUCCCGCCACACCCUCUUCAGGGCUGCAGGGACCCGGUUGAGGUCUGUGGAACGCUAUGACAUUGAGAAGGACGAGUGGAUCCAGGAGGAAGGGCUGCCGAUGAAUCGGGCCGGAUGUGUUGGGUUCCUGGUCGGGGAGGAGUUCUGGGUCAUGGGCGGAUACGGGGCUUGUCGGAUGGUCUCGGGGGUGUUUCCGGUGGAUGAGCAUUAUCGGGAUGCGGUGGCGUUGAAUUUGAAGACUGGUAAGUGGAGGGAGAUCGGGGAUAUGUGGGUGGAUGGAGAGGGGAGCAGGAGGCUUGGGACAGUUGUCUUGGUUGAUCGGGUUGUUGGGGAAAUGCCCUGGAUUUUCAUGCUGGAUGGUUCCACCAUUUUCAAGCUGCAUGCUACAAGAAGUUUCAUUGAUGGGUGUGGACCGGCUUUUAUGUGUGGAUCUAGGAUGACUACUCUAUUAGAAGCGGCUAAACUGAAAAAAUACAACAAAAGAAAAAAACAGGAGAUAUUACAAAAGCAUCACCCCAUCCCACUCAACAACAUUCGCAAGCGACUUAAGAAAAACACGCCUGGCAGUGCCACUCAAGUUUUGAAAACACCUGCUGUUUCUUUCAGCCGACAACGCCCAUAGACUAGCCAAAAGGAAGAAUCUCCAUCUCCUCCUAGAUGCUGCAACCAACCUGCCAACAUGCCAUUGGACAAAGAGAUUGGUGAUAGACUCCGGCAUCACCCAGCUAACUCCAAAGUGAUCUAGCACGCUGAUCCAUAGUUCCCUUGCGAAAUGACUGUGUAUAAAUAAAUGAUCAACUGAUUCUUCAUGACUCCAACAACCACCACCUAUUUGAUUGAAUUGAGUAGAAGGUGGAAAAUUUUAGUGGAAACAUAUCUAAGUAGCUUGAAAAGGAAGUAUUCGGAGGGUUAAAAGAAUGAUAAUUGGGCUCAUUAGCUUUGUGCCUUGCCUUCUCUUGUUUUGGGCCCUUUGGCCAGUUGAUUGUUAUUAGGCUUUGCACCUUUUUUGGCUGGUAACCUCUUACCUUGAAAAACGAAGAAGAAUGAUAAUAGCCCACUGCUUGUUUACCUAUAGACAUUACUACCUUGGUUCUGAGUAUGAGUAUCCGGCGGGUGUAUCGGCCUGGCCAAAAACCAAUGUGAUCUGAGUAUUGCAUAUCGGUAUUGGCCCCAUAUUUGUUGAAAAAUUUUUAAGCCAAAAAAUUGCAGUAAAAAAGGUGAGAUAUUCAAGAAUCUUUCUUCUUCUUCUUCUUCUUCUUUGUUUCUUGUUUUUGUGUGUUUUGAAUGUGUACUUAAUGCUAGACAUUUGUCAGGUUGACCUGUUGAAAAUCAAUCAAAUGGACCCUAAAUGAACAUAAAUCAAUCAUGAUUAGGUGAAUUAGGGUCCAUUACAAUGAAACACAACAAAAAGAAGAUGAAAACAAUAAAGGAAAAAAAGAGAUGGUUUACACUUUUUUCUAAUUUUCCCCAUAAUGGUUCAUUCUGCUUUGAUUGUUUGAAUCCCACUCGAAUCUUUUGUUUUGAUCCCUAAAAUAGGCCUAGAUCUAGUUGAAAAUAACUUUUAAGCUUCAUCUACAAUUGAAAUGAAAAAAUAAGAGGAAAAAUGAGAGGAAUUGUAUAAAAAAGAAAGAAAAGAACAAAAAUAUGAGAUGUUUAUGGCUGUAUCAGUUGACAUAGGGAGAUAUUACCAAGUUUUUUCUCCUGGGUUGUACUUCCUCGUAAUGCGUAUUUGUAUCAAGUCAAUACGGAUAAAAUAAGGCCGUAUUGGCUGAUAUGUACAAUACGGAUAUUUCAAUUCGUGGUCACUAGUGCAUGUAGAGAUUCUAACCAUUUUAAUUGAAGUUUUAUGUUUUAAUCUAGUUUAUACAUAUAAUACACACGCACACACACGUGUGCAUAUACAGCCGUUUUCCCACUCCGUCUUUGAGUCGAAACCAUUUUAAACCCAUACUUCUCAUUCUUUGAUAUUUUGGCGUUUCUGUUUCUGUGGCUGAAUUUUUGACUGGGUCUUUUUAAUGACUAGAACUGAAUUAAGCAAAAACUUCCCUUAUUGUUUUUGCACUGCAUGGCAUUUUGCUCUGGUCAUAUUCAAUGAUUUUGGGGGUAUACUUCCAGAAACUAGGGGUGCACAUAGGUCGGUUCGGUUCGGUCCGGUUCUGGGGUGAAACUGGAACCGAACUGUUCCUAACGGUUCUAGGAUAUUCGGAACCGGAACUGGACCGUUAGCACCCUAGAACCGAACCGGAACCAAAUCGUUAAAACCAGUUCGGUUCCACGGUUCUAGGCUUUUUAUAAUCCAGCCCAAUUGCAUGUUUUAUUUUAUAAUCUAGCUCAUGUCCAUUCGUGUUGUGAUCCAUUUGAUGAAUGGUUUAGAUAUUGUAUAAGGUGUGUAAAAAUACAUUUAUGAAAACAAUUAAAUGGUGCAUUGUAAACCAUAAAUCAUGAGUCAAAUAUGGAAACAAUCAAAAGGUUCUUGGUUCGGUUCCGCGGUUCGGAUC